UUAUUUUUUGAAUAUUUGUGGUUGCUUGGGGAAAACAAACAUGUUUGUUCGAAUUAACCGUGUUGCAAGUUUUUUUUCUUCUCUACUCAACAACACUCAUUCCCAACAUUGUUGUUCUGGUCAUCCAAACAUUUUAAUUCAACCAAACAUUUGUUCAAUUCAACAAAAAGCUAAUUUAACUUCCAAAUGGUUCUUAAAACUUCAUUGUCGUUAUUGUUUCUUUACUCGAAGAAAUGGGCGUUGGAUGGUUGAUUGUACUCGUUUUUCGGCCCACAAAAGUAUUCAAAGAGGAUUCAAUCCAAAACUUUAUUGGUAGAAAAAAAUUUGGAGGAAGACGGAGAAUGAAGAAAUAAUUAAAAAUUUUUGGACACAAGUUAGUUUGGAAAAAAAUUUUUUUUUUGUUUUUUUUUGU